AUGAUUGGUCAACUAACUGAACUCCUGAACCUACUCAAGCGAAACAGUGCUAUAUCGCUAGACGAAUGGCGACAGAUGAAACCAACGGACACGGCACUGUCCCGGUUUUAUGGAUUACUCAAAAUCCACAAGCCCAAUGUUCCCCUUCGACCGAUCGUUGCCUUGAAAGGCAGCCCCACUUACAAUCUAUCCAAGUGGAUGGCCCGAAAACUUAACUUUCACCGAGAAGGCUCAUGGACCUCCAUCAAUUCGGCCUCCCAAUUCCUGGCCGACAUCCGAGGAAACGUUUUCCUACCGGAGCAGAUUAUGGUGUCCUUUGACGUGGUUUCAUUAUUCACGUCCAUCCCACCGGACCUGGAACGCGACGUUCUUCGCAAACGACUCGAUGAGAAUUACGACGAGACGAACAAACUCCUAAAAAUCGACCACUUACUGCAACUGUUUGCUUUCUGCCAACAAACCUUCUUCACCUUCAAUGGCAGAACAUACGAGCAGAUCAAAGGAACGCCAAUGGGUUCGCCAAUAUCCAGCCUGGUUGCAGAACUAGUCCUGCAGAAACUGGAAAAAGUCGCCUUCGACCACUUUGAACCUGCAUUUUGGCGCUGGUACGUGGACGACACGUUCGUCAUAAUUGAAAGGAGCAGACUGACCGACUUCCAAGACCUGCUCAACGGCAUCUUCCCAGACAUUCAGUUCACAAGGGAAGAAGAGCAUGCCGAACAGCUGCCUUUCCUUGACGUUCUCUUCACACGCACACCCAACGGCUAA